CUUCGGAAGGCAUAGCUCUCUCUGGGGUCCGUCCUUUCGUUUCCUUCCAGUCGCAAAGCCCUACCUGAAACUCCCGUUUGAAGACCUCCUUCAUUCUUUCCACCUUAAUCUGGUCACGAAGACGCUUCUUAAAUUCGAAUCCAAGAACGAAACCCUAAUAUCUUCAGGCAAGGUCGUAAGAGACACAGAGAUUCUAUAAUUUUCGGUCAUGGCUGCGAAGAUUCUUGCUAACUUACUCGUGAUGGGCUCUGGUAUAUUAGCAAGGGCUGUUGUCCAGGCAUAUCGUCAAGCGCUUACAAAUGCCUCAAAAUCUGGUGUUGCCCAAGAAACAUUACAAAACAGUGUCCGUAGAGCAAGCAAAGCAAUGACAGAGCAAGAAGCUAGGCAGAUUCUUGGUAUCUCUGAGCAAACUGCUUGGGAUGAGAUUUUAAAGAAAUACGAUGCAUUGUUUGAGAGGAAUGCCAAGAAUGGGAGCUUUUACCUUCAGUCGAAGGUUCACAGAGCCAAGGAAUGUUUAGAGCCUGUCUAUCGAGACAAAGGUCCGGAUACCCCCUAGUUGAAAUCUCUAGCAGAGGUCUCAAUAAUAGCUUAAUACCAUCUUGAAUUGGAGCUUGGUUUGUGACAUGAAUCUCAAGAGUUUUUCACGAGGCUGCUCUUGUGCCGCCACCCAAGUAAUUUAAUUCUCAGUUUCCAAAUGAGGGUAUCAUGAAUUAUAUAAUAUAUCUUUCAUGUAUUUGUUUUGCAACUCAUUCUUUCUUCAUUUUAGGACUUCAACAGAUACAAGGUGACUAAAUUCUAUGAUAUCUGCACUUUUUUA